GCUGGAGGUAGAUUUAGAUUCGCAUUAGUUUGUUAUUUGGCACCGGUUUGAUCGCGGUGUCAUAGCGGCUGUGGAUUGAUCAGUGAAAGCAUCUUCUCAUUAGGACACGGCUGUGUUUCAGCACAGGAGAGACUGAGGAAGGCGCGUGACGAUGUUGAGGGUCUCGGAUGCUUUGGUCACUUUGGUGACUCUCUACUGUGUAUUCAAAGGGACUGUCGGCGGAUACGGCAUGAGCAUGUUCGCCGCUCAGACUUCCCCACCGGAUCCGUGUUACGACGAGUACGGUCACCCCACAAGAUGCAUCCCCGAUUUCGUGAACGCGGCGUUCGGGAAGGAAGUGCGCGCGUCCAGCACCUGCGGCAAAACACCGAGUCGGUACUGUGUGGUGACUGAGAAAGGGGAUGAAAGGCACAGAAACUGCCACACGUGCGACGCGUCGGACCCAAAGAAAUAUCACCCACCUGCUUACCUGACCGACCUGAACAAUCCUCAUAAUAUCACCUGCUGGCAGUCGGACAAUUACAUCCAGUAUCCUCGAAACGUCACUUUAACAUUAUCCCUGGACAAGAAAUUCGAGGUGACCUACGUGAGUUUGCAGUUCUGCUCACCAAGACCAGAGUCUAUGGCUAUCUUUAAAUCAAUGGACUACGGAAAGUCUUGGGUGCCUUUCCAGUACUACUCGACCCAGUGUAGAAAGAUGUACAACAAGCCCAGCAAAGCCACGAUCACUAAGCAAAACGAGCAAGAGGCCAUCUGCACAGAUUCUCACACCGACAUGCACCCUCUCUCCGGCGGGUUGAUCGCGUUCAGCACCCUGGACGGGCGACCCUCCGCGCACGAUUUUGACAAUUCACCCGUACUUCAGGACUGGGUGACCGCAACAGACAUUAAGGUGACAUUUAGCCGACUGCACACUUUCGGAGACGAAAAUGAGGAUGACUCGGAGCUGGCCCGAGAUUCUUAUUUUUACGCCGUGUCAGACCUGCAGGUCGGAGGCAGAUGUAAGUGUAAUGGACACGCGUCACGGUGCGUCAAAGACCGGGAUGGAAACCUAGUGUGCGAGUGCAAGCAUAAUACAGCCGGACCAGAGUGUGACAGAUGCAAACCUUUUCACUAUGACCGACCCUGGCAGCGCGCAACUGCCAGAGAAGCCAACGAGUGUGUCGCCUGCAAUUGUAACCUCCAUGCGAGGCGCUGUCGUUUCAACAUGGAGCUUUACAAACUCUCCGGGAGGAAAAGCGGAGGAGUCUGCCUGAACUGCCGCCACAAUACGGCGGGUCGCCACUGCCACUACUGCAAGGAGGGCUACUACAGAGACAUGUCUAAGCCCAUCUCUCACAGAAAGGCCUGCAAAGCCUGUGAUUGCCAUCCUGUGGGGGCCGCGGGCAAAACCUGUAACCAAACCACAGGCCAAUGCCCCUGUAAAGACGGUGUGACGGGUAUCACAUGCAACCGUUGUGCUAAAGGCUACCAGCAGAGCCGAUCACCCAUUGCCCCCUGCAUAAAAAUUCCUAUUGCUCCACCAACUACCACUGCAAGCAGCACAGAGGAACCUUCAGACUGUGAAUCCUACUGCAAGGCUUCCAAAGGCAAGCUGAAGAUCAAUAUGAAGAAGUACUGCAAGAAAGAUUACGCUGUUCAGGUCCAUGUCCUAAAGGCAGACAAAGCCGCCGAGUGGUGGAAGUUCACCGUCAACAUCAUCUCUGUCUACAAACAGGGUGAAAGCCGAAUCCGCAGAGGAGAUCAGUUUUUGUGGGUCAGAGCAAAGGAUGUGGCCUGCAAGUGCCCGAAGAUCAAGCCCGGAAAAAAGUACCUGCUGCUGGGCAACGAUGAGGAUUCCCCUGGACAAAGCGGUGUGGUGGCAGACAAGGGCAGUCUGGUCAUUCAGUGGAGGGACACUUGGGCUCGAAGACUACGGAAGUUUCAGCAGCGGGAGAAGAAAGGAAAAUGCAAGAAAGCAUAGUGAGGUUGAAAUGGAAAGAGGUUGUCAUCAAGAGCUGGACAGAGAAACAACAGACGAGUGGUGGAUGAAAAGAUGAUAAGGGAAAGGAAGAGAAGAAACAGGAGGGACUUAGCACCGCUACUUUGAAUAAAGGCAUGAAGAGACUAACUUUUU